AUGAAUUUGAUCACCAAUAUCAACCUUGCUAUGAAUGGUGGUGAUUACAUGAAAGGCGCUGAAUGGGGCUGCAACUUUGAGCGUGAAGCCUUUCAUAAGUCCCCCACAAAGGAAGCUUACGACCAAGAGAUGGGCCAAAAAAUCAUGGAAUUCUUUAAGCGGCGGCAGGCCAACGAGCCCAACCUCCAAAAUAGUAUAAACGUUAACGCGCAAGCUCAGGCUCAGGCCCAAGCACAAGCAAUGAUGAACAUGCAAAUGGGACGCGGUAUGGGACAAGGCCUGCAGCAAGGCUUCCAGCCUAUGCAACACCCAACGCAAGGUGGACAAAUGGGACAAGGACAGCAGCAGCUACCCAUGGGUGCUGGCAUGAAUAUGGGUAUGGGCAUGGCAAAUCAGGCUGGUCGCGGCAUGGGCCCGGGACAGCAAAUGGCCGGAAUGCCUACUGGACAAGGCCGCCCACAGCAAACCCAAAUGCCCCAGGAAAUGGCCCGACUUUCACCACAAGACAGGCACAAAGUUACAGAGCUUGCCACUAAAAUGUUUAACACCGCCUCAGAACAACAAAAGGCCCACACUCGCAUACAACUUCAAACAAGAAUUUCCCCCGCUCAACUACAAGAGAUGACAAGCCAGGGUCGGGAUCCUUUAAUGUGGUUUUACCAAAACCAAGCUUUCCAAGUGCUCAAGGCAAACAUGAAUCGAAUUCAGCAACAGGCCGGGCAGGGUCAGCAGCAACAAGGAAUGCCCCCGAAUGGCAACAACCCGCAGGCAGCCAUGAUGCAGCAGCAAGCCAGCCAGCAGUCCCUUCGUCAACAGCAGUCCCAACUCCAGCAACAGCAACAGCAGCAGCAAGGGCAGCAGCAACACGGAACGGCGAACAAUAACCAAGGGAACAACGACUUCUCUUCUUUCCCGCCCAACAUGGAGAGCAUACAGGCCGAGCAACGGAAUGGGCUUUUGGCCCAGCAACAAGGCCAGAUGGUAGUGCCCGCCAAUACAGCACAGAACCGUAACCCGACGCCCCAGCCAGGUGGACAAAAUGGCGCAAAUCAACAAGGUCCCCGACCGCCGCAACAGCAACAGCCUCAUCAAAAUAUGAACGUCCAGCAAAGGAUGGCCCAGGCUGCACAACAGACUCAAGCCCAACUUCAGGCCCAGCAGUUGAAGCAGAUGCAGAACCAACCGGGGAUGGGAGGAAAUAUGCAAACCUCUCAAAGCCCCGGAAUGAACACACUUAAUACACCCGUAUCUCGACCUGGGAACAACAUGAACCAGGCGGCUGGCCAGGGUGGUGUGCAAUUUGGAGACCAGCGGUUCAACCAAGGAGCACAGCGACCUAACAACCAGACUUUCCAGAACAUGCUGGCCAAUCUACCGCAGGAGCAGCGUGCCAUGGUCAGCGGUCUGUCUCCGGAAAGGCUGAACGAGGUGAUGCAGCGUUGGCAGAGCAAGCGCCAGGAUAUGGGCAAUAACGGCGGGCAGAACACUCCUGGUCAAAUGCCCAACCGCCCUCCUGGCCAGAUGGGUCAAAUGGGCGGCCAAGUGCCAGUUGGUAUGCAACAGUCGCAGGGCGGCGUGCCCAUGAAUGGCAAUCAGCAGCAAGGACAAAUGCCGCGUUUUAACCCUACCCAGCAAUUGGCCAUGAUGGACUCGAUGGAUCUGCCACCUCAAGUUCUCGCCCAGCUUCAAAACCAGAUCCCUCCCGAGAUCAAGAAAUGGGGACCGCUUAAGGUGUGGCUACAGCAGAAUAACAUCCCUGCGCACAUGCGGAAUCAACUGGCGGCGAUCCAGCAAAAGCAGUUCCAGCUUAUCCUCCAACGGCGUGCGACGAUGAUGCCACAGCAGCAGCAACAACAACAGCCUCAAGGGCAGCAACCAGGACAACAGUUCUCCCCUCAGCAGCAAGCCCAGCAGCCGCAACAACUUGGCCAAAACGCUGUCAACCCAGGCAUGCAGCCUGGAGCUGGACCAGGACCUAAUCCCCUGCAGGCAGCCCGACAGCAGAUGCAGUUCCCACCUCAAAUUCUUCAGGCAACUGCUGGCGAGAUCCAGCAGGUUAGAAACUCAAAGACCACGUUUGCACAGAUGUCUGAUGAUCAAUUGCGCAACAUGGUUGUUCAAAUGAAGAAGCAGAGCUGGAUGAACCAACAGCAGCAACGAGCCCAGCAGGCCCAGCAUGCCGCUGCUCAAACUCAGGCCGCUGCUCGCAAUGGAGGCACUGGCCAGCCAGGAAUGCAGAACCUAGGCGUGCCUCAAGCCCAUAUGCAACUUCAGCAACCGCCCCAGCCAAACCAGGUGUCCCAGACUCAGAAUAUACAAGCAUCAGCUGUGAUGGGUCAGAAUGCUAUGCCUCAACAGGCGGGACAAAAGCAGCCGACUGUUACUCCCGAGCAGAUGAGAAACGCCAGACCUCAGCCUGCCAACAACCGCGCUCAACCUCCAAACCCAUCACCUGCGGCCCCAGUGAAGAACCUGAAGCGCCCAAGCAACGACGAUGCCCUCGAUGUGCCCGAGACCACGAAGCAAGUGCCUACGAGACCAGCAUCACAGCCCAAUCAACAACAACAACAGCCCCAGCCCCCUAGGCCGAUGAACCCCCAGGAUCUUAACUCGCUCACUCCCGAGCAACGAGCGCUAGUCAAGGCGCAGAUGAACAGGACUGGCCAGACGCCACAGCAACUCGCCAAUGAGACCAUGGCACGCCUCAAGGCACUUGGACAAGAGGAACAACGGAUGUCGAUGCAGGAAGUUAUGAACGAUAUCCCCAUGUCCCAAGAGGAGCACGAUGAGAUGGCUGCCAAGCUUACCAAGAUUGUGGUGGACAUGACCAAAAUCGGUCGUGGCCUGACAAAGUGGUAUAACAUCACACGCGACGACACUCGCGCAAAGUUGUUCUUCAGAAUGCGAUGGAGGAUCUUGAAGCAGUUCGCCGACGGCGAAAAGAUGUCUAUUCUGAAGAACUCAUUCUCGAUCGAUUCUGCCGAGAUCGCCGAAGCCCGCGCUAUGCUUGAGGGCAUGGCCAAGGAUCUGGCUGCCAACAUGAUCAGAGCCAGAGGUUUGGCUCAACAGCAAGCCACACCUCAGGCCCAGAACGCACAGCUUGCCCAACAGCCUAUGCCUCAACAACAACAGCCUCAGCCUCGACAACAGCCGGUGCCCGUACCCGAAAAUGCCCGCAGAGGCUCGCAACAGAACAGUAUACCCAAGGGAGGCAACAAGGGAUCACAGGCACCACCGGCUCCUACGACCACCCAAGCGCCCUUCAACUUUGAGAUCGGUGCCUCAUCUCCCCGAGGCAACCCGACCUAUGUUGGAAAGCCCAAGGAGCUCAACUUGCACCUGCCCGCAUCGCGCAAGAAGCAAAAGACUGACCCAAAGACUGGACAAACGCCUGUGGGCGCUACUUCUUCACCCCAAGCUGGCAAGAAGACCUCGCCCGAUGUUCGACGAGUGUCGGAAACCCAAGUUGCUCACAGGCCGGUUCUCACUUGCAAGGAACCCGAAUGUGAAUUCUCGACAACUGGGUACAGCACUGAGCAAGCUCUUCAGCAGCAUAUCUUUGAGGAGCAUACGAAACCACAGGAGGACCCCUUGAAGUUUGUCCAAGAAAACUUGGCUCUGGCUUUGGGACUUGAGCCUGAUGGUUCAGCCAAGAAGGCCGAAGCGGCCUCGAUGAGCAUCACCAACUCCAAGCAAGGGCAGACCCCUGUCACUACAGCAGCCACGCCUGUGUUUACUGAUGGCAACAUGAAGCGAUCGGCUAGCAGCAUGGGCAAACCUCAAGACACUAAGGCUGGCGUCAAGGCUGGCGCGACUCCUAAGCAGGCCGACGCCAAGCUUGCUGACCCCAUGGCUACUGAUCCAUGGGCCAAUGCUAACAUCGAUCCCGAGAUGCUGGUCAGCAAUCUUGGAGUCGAUCGUGGACUUGGAGUGUACGAUAACCCGUUCUACGACUACAAUGCCCUCAGCUAUUUGACACCCAGGGACACCCCUGAGUCUGCCAAGGACACUGGCAGCAGCGAGCCCAACAGUGACAUCCCUGAAAACACGAACCUUGAAGUCAACUUUGACUGGCAAGGCGUGGAUAGUGAUUUAUUAUUCAACAUGGGCAACACUAGUGGUGGCAAUAUUAAUGACAUGCUGGCUGCGGAUGCUGCAUUGCUGUUUGAUCAGCCAUCGCUGCAAGAACCGGACUGGGACGACGUCAAGAUGGACUUUUCAAAGCCCUUCCAAUUCGACACUAGCCAACAUUACUACAUGGCUACUUCAUAA